AUGACGAAAAAAUCCACUGACAAAAAAAUUAUUCCUUGGUCUUCUCCACUAGCCUUUUACAAUCUUUUCUCAUCCUUAGGAUGGGGCCAUUUUUUAGGUAAUUUACUUGUAGUUUACCCUUCAAUUGGCCAACCAGCAUUUUUCCAAAAGACUAAAUUUGGACUAGUCUUAGUUCAAUGUGGUGCUUUAAUUGAAGUUUACAACUCCUUAAUGAGAAUUGUUCCUUCUCCACUACUUACGACUUUAGCCCAAGUAGCAUCACGCUUAUUAUUAGUCAUUGGUAUCUUUACUUUUCUACCAGAAACACCUGCAUGCAGUUCUCUAGCCUACAUUACUUUGUUAAGUGCUUGGUCGAUAACUGAGAUUGUUAGAUAUCUAUUUUAUUUCUUUUCCCUAACCUCAGAGAACGGUGUUCCCAAAAUUUUAAUCUUUUUAAGAUACAAUUUAUUCUUGGUACUAUAUCCAGUCGGUGUUGCCAGUGAAUUGUUUAUCAUUUAUUCUGCCUUACCAAUUGCUGAAACUAAAUGCUCUGUUUAUUACAAAUAUUUUUUGAUUUUCUCUAUUUUGACUUAUUUACCAGGGUUACCAAUGCUAUAUGGCCAUAUGCUUGCUCAAAGAAAGAAAGUCAUGAAAAAUCUCUUCCAAGACGCAUCAAAAAAGACAGCUUAA